UGUGAAUAAACGAAGGUUCACAAUACCCUUCAAGUAGCUACAUAUGCUUAUGCGGUUAUGCCACUGAUUCAUUAUUUUGUAUUCGGUUGGAGAACAACGUUAAGCUGACAAAGGAGAACUCUCUUCUUUUUCUGUUGUUGUUUUUUUUUUAAUGCAAAUUUAUUAUUCUGUCUCAUCUAAUUCAAUUUCAAACUCGAUCCUCGAGCGGUGUGGUGUGGUGUGGUGAAUUACUUCUCCAACUGCUACAGGCUACAGCCAUUAAUUUCAACCUUUGCAGAGCCUUGAAGAAGGGUGAUGAUAUUGAUUACCCUGUUCCAAAAAUGUUUCUUCAUCACCGGACAAAUUUCGCUAUCGUGCUCACAAUCUUCAUGGCGUGGACAACAACAAGAGCACAAAACUUCGAAACAUGCCAGAGCCGUUGCGGAGGAAAGUCCCUGCAGUACCCUUUAGGCUUCUCUGAAGGUUGUGGAGUUCAACUAAACUGUAACAACAACCAAGUCCAAUUAGGUGGUUUUCUGGUCCAGAACGUAACCAGUAACAGUAUAUUCAUCAAUCUCCCUGCGAAAUGCAACCGUAGCAUGCAUUCGAUGAUCCCUCUUUUCGGUGACAACUUUGCUCCCACAUGGAACAAUAGCUUUCUGGUGCAAGAUUGUGCAGCUCCACUUGAUGGCUGCGUUAUUCCUACCUCCACUUUUAUGGGGAGCCAGAUUGAGCUUGGAAACUGCGAUAGCAGAAGUGGUAAUAUCAGUUGCUUUUCGCGGCAGCCACGUAAUCAAACGUUGGAUGUUGUGACAUACGAUGAAUUGAACCGAACUGGUUGCAACUACAUGUUCUCAGCAGUUGCUAUUGGACAGAGCAAAGAUAUUUCAUUACAGUUUCAGGUGGUUGAGUUGGAAUGGUGGCUUCAAGGGCCGUGCCAAUGUUCUUCCAACGCUACCUGCACACCGGUUCUUCUCCGAGGACGGAGCUCCGGGUUCCGGUGCCAGUGUGACGAUGGUUUCAGGGGAGACGGCUUCACCGGUGGCACUGGUUGCCGGCGAGUUCCAAGUUGCAGUGCUUCAACACUAACGUCUGGGGGAUGUGGGAAAGCAACCGAAAUCGGUGUUAUUGUUGGAGUGAUCGUAACUGGAGCUUUGGUCGUGGCUGCUUUGUUUCUUCUAUGCUACUGUGUGAGGCGCCGUUCUACUUGGUUGAGAAAACAUACGAGAGUAAAGCGCCUAUUACGUGAAGCUGCAGGCAACUCUAGUGUACCUUUCUACCCUUACAAAGAAAUAGAAAGAGCCACAAAUUCUUUCUCUGAGAAGUUGAGGCUGGGAACCGGGGCAUUUGGUACAGUUUAUUCUGGAAAACUUCACAAUGAUGAAUGGGUUGCUAUAAAGAAGUUAAGGUAUAGAGACAACAGUGUUGACCAGGUAAUGAAUGAGAUCAAGCUCCUUUCUUCGGUGAGUCACCAAAAUUUAGUUCGCCUCCUAGGUUGCUGCAUAGAGGAGGGAGAGCAGAUCCUUGUUUAUGAAUAUAUGCCAAAUGGAACGCUAUCUCAGCAUUUGCAAAGAGAGAGGGGUAAAGGUCUACCAUGGACUAUAAGACUUACCAUUGCUACUGAAACUGCUAAUGCCAUAGCAUAUCUCCACUCUGCAAUUAAUCCCCCAAUUUACCAUAGAGACAUAAAAUCCAGUAAUAUACUAUUGGAUUAUAGCUUCAAAUCCAAAGUAGCUGAUUUUGGUCUUUCUAGGCUUGGCAUGACCGAAACAUCACAUAUCUCAACAGCCCCACAAGGGACUCCGGGUUAUGUUGAUCCCCAAUACCACCAGAACUUCCAUCUUUCUGAUAAAAGUGAUGUCUACAGUUUUGGAGUGGUUUUGGUAGAGAUAAUAACUGCCCAGAAAGUGGUUGAUUUUUCUCGACCUCAGAGUGAGGUUAAUUUAGCUGCACUUGCUGUUGAUAGGAUUAGGAGGGGUUCUGUAGAUGAGAUCAUAGAUCCCUUCCUUGAACCAAAUAGAGAUGCUUGGACUCUAUAUUCUAUUCAUAAGUUGGCUGAGCUUGCAUUUAGAUGCCUUGCUUUUCAUAGUGACAUGAGGCCUACUAUGAUGGAAGUGGCAGAAGAGCUAGAACACAUCAGGCGCAGUGGAUGGGCAACUAUGGAGGAAACUUUAAUGGCUUCUCCAGUUGGAUCUGCAAGUUCAUCGCCUCGCAACGGAAGUGAGAAGUCACUGAGUGGUAUCAAGGUUAAGAGAGCAGGGCAAGGGAGUGAGAGAUUGAUAGUUCCAGAUAAGGCCGAGAUCUUUUUGGAUUCUAUGGAGGUCAAGGAUAGCUCUCCUGUAUCAGUGCAGGAUCCUUGGUUAAGUGGACAUAGCUCACCUUCAACAAGCAGCUUGUUGGGAAAUGUCGUUCGGUGACAUACACUUGCUUUGGGUGGAAAGCCUCCAGCAAUGUGAAUAAUAAAGGCAUUUAACAGUUUUUCUUUCUCUUUCGCAGUUAUUGCUAUAGCUUUUUUUUUUGUGUAUUGUUGUAAUUAGGAUUCUGCUUUACUAACAACUACCAUAGCUUAUAUGCAUAAAUCAUCAGUAAUCAAUACACAGAAUUCACUGUGCAGACAGAAUGGAACCUACGAAUAUUUACUGUGUAUAAUUAUGGCUGGAAAUAAUCAAAACCUAUAGGCUGUAAUGGUCUCUUUAGCCAGUGCAACUGAAGAUGUAAAUUCGCAAAAUUACAGGGCUUUUGGCAUCUCAGUAAACUGCGUUAUGCCUUAGUAAAGGUAGCACUGGACGCCAUAAGACGCUGCUUCGGUUUAGUCUUUGGUUUUGUCAGUA